AGGCCUUUAUAAGCCCAAAACACUUUAAAGUUUGUUCAUCAUCUUCCAGUUCCCCUUAAAGGCUAAAAAAUAAAAAAAAAAUUGAUUGUUAUGUGUUUACCUGAAGGAGAAAGAGAUAGAGAGAGAACCAUGGCACUAGAAACAGUGGUAUAUCCACAAACACAAGACCCUUUUAGUUAUGGAAUCAAAGACUGUUACAACUUCAACUUUCUAUCAACCAACUUUGUCUAUGAAGAUUUCAAUUUUGUCACUAAAGAACAACAAAAGCAUGGAUCUUUCAUUUUUCUAGACAACCAAACAGAGAAUAACAACACAACAACAACAACAUCCUCGUCAAUGUUACAACCAACACCAACAACACCCCAUUUGAAUGAACUUCAAGAAACAACUGACCCAAGUAGUAAAAAUCCAAACUUUGAUACAGUUGUUUUUCGUCCCAAAAGGCGCAGAGCAAGAAGUAGAAAAAACAAAGAAGAAAUUGAGAAUCAAAGAAUGACUCACAUUGCUGUUGAACGCAAUAGAAGAAAACAGAUGAAUCAGUAUCUUUCUGUUCUUCGUUCUCUAAUGCCAGAUUCUUACAUCCAAAGGGGUGAUCAAGCUUCUAUAAUUGGAGGUGCUAUUAACUUUGUUAAAGAGCUUGAGCAAAAAUUGCAUUUUCUUGGUUCUAAAAAAGAAGAAGUGAAAUCUGAUGAUGUUGGUGAAGGAUCAAACAAGUCAUUUUCUGAGUUCUUUUCAUUUCCACAGUAUUCAACAAGUGGUGGUAAUUCUGCAUCAGUAAUUGGUGAGAAAGUGGGUGAGAUUGCUGAUAUAGAAGUCACAAUGGUUGAAAGCCAUGCAAAUCUUAAAAUAAGAUCAAAAAAGAGGCCAAAGCAGCUCUUGAAAAUGGUAUCUGGUUUGCAUAAUAUGCAUCUCACAAUCCUGCAUCUAAAUGUUACUACUACUUGUGAAAUUGUACUAUACUCUCUUAGUGUUAAGGUAGAAGAUGAUUGCAAGUUGGGAUCAGUGGAUGAUAUAGCUGCAGCUGUAUACCAGAUGUUGAAUAGGAUUCAACAAGAGACAAUGUUGAAUUAAGAUCUGCUGUAGUCUGAUGUUGCUCAGGAAUACUCCUUUGACUCCACAACAAGUUUUAACCUCAAAACCUAUCUCUCUUUUCUUCUUUCAAGAGAUGUGCCUAGUUAUUGAAAUGCUUGAAUUAAAAUUGUAGGCACCUUGGAGGAAGUUUUUUGGAUUAUUCCUUCUUAUGUUAUUAUGUUCUUAUAACUAGAUCCUUUUGAUCUCUAUCUAUCUUCUCUUUUUCUUAGAGGUUUUGGGGUGGAGAAGGUAAUGGUAUUUUGUGCUUGAGACAAAUCUACCAAGUUACAUUGGUCAAUUCUACCUCCCUUGCUUUGAAAUUGGUAGGACUUGUGUUCUUCACAACAACCAUAAGCCAAAUUGUCAUAGUAGAAGUUGACCUCUUUCUCAAAAUAACAUUGAAUGAAAAUGAGAGCUAAAGAUUUUUGGCUGUUGUUACAUAUAUUUUUAUUAA